UUCUCGCUUGGCUUUGGGAUCAGAACUUCAUUUGGAUCACAGACAGACAGAAUGAUGCGUGUUGUUCUGGUGUUUCUGCUUCCCUUCCUGGGACUGUUGCAUGCUGGGCCUCUGCCCGAUGAACCCGUUCUCCAGACCCAAGAGAACUUUGAUGUAAACCGGUUCAUGGGAAAAUGGUAUGAUAUUGCGACAGCAUCCACGUGCCCUUGGCUCAAGCGUCAUAAGGGAGACGCAGCCAUCGGCUCAAUGGAGCUGCAGACCAGUGGCUCGACACAGACCAUCAGCAUGACCCGCAUCGGCCUCAGACAUGGGACCUGUAAGUCCAUCAGUGGAGAAUAUCAGAUGACCAAAACACCUGGAAGAUUUCACUACCACGUUGCGAAGUGGAAUGCUGAUGUGGAUUCCUACGUGGUUCACACAAACUACGAUGAGUAUGCUCUGGUGGUGAUGUAUAAACAAAAAACGGGCGGUGAAAAAUCUACAUCUGUGAAACUCUACGGGCGUACCAUGCAACUGCGGCCCACUCUCAUCGAAGACUUCAAGACUCUGGUGGCUGAACAGGGAAUGAGCGAAGACACUAUAGUUAUCAAAAAGAACAAAGGGGAGUGUGUUCCAGGCGAGCAGGCCACACCAGAGCCACAGAUUCAGAGGGCGAGGAGGAAUGUGGUUGUAGCGCCCCCUGAGGAGGGAUCGGGCGAUGACACGCCCAUGUUCAAAGGACCUGAAGCAUGUAAGGCUGAGCCAGAUUCCGGCCCGUGCUUCGGAAUGUUGCAGCGCUUCCAUUAUAACUCGUCCAUCAUGACCUGUCAGGUGUUCACCUUUGGAGGCUGUAUGGGGAAUCAGAACAACUUUGAGACUGAAAAGGAGUGUCUGCAGAGCUGUCGCACUGAGGCUGCCUGUAGACUGCCCAUGGACGCUGGUCCUUGUAAAGCAUUCUUAAACCUGUGGGCUUUCGAUUCUUCUGCGGGAAAGUGUGUGUCCUUCAAAUAUGGAGGCUGCAAGGGCAAUGGCAACAAAUUCUACAGCCAGAAGGAGUGUGAGGAGUACUGCGGAGUUAUGACGAGAAAUGGAGAUGACGAAUUUCUCGCAGUGAACUGAGAAUGGUGUGAAUAAGAAAGGAGCAUUACUUCGUUUAAAACAGAAAAAUGCAACAUGGAUCAGUUUCCAACGGGCAUUUACUUCAACAUUAACACAAUAAAUAGACACCAAACCUG